UCACUCUGUUCCUGGAACACUUCCAGGCUUCCCAGCUCUGCCACAGCGUACAGAUUCAUCCAGUACCCGCAAGGCUCACAACCCCCAGAGGCAAGGGCAGACUGUAAGAAGGUGAUUCCUGUCACAAACCAGUGUCUCUGAAGGACUGGCAGGGCUCUGGGAAGACAACUGGAUCCUCGUCCCCUCCCUUCCUCCCCAGCGCUCUCGGGGUGGUUUUGGCAGCAGCUGCGCUCUGCAUGGAUUUCAUUGCUGGGGCCAUCGGAGGUGGUCUAAGCACAGCCGUGGGUUAUCCACUGGACACAGUGAAGGUGAGAAUUCAGACUGAGAACCACUACAGAGGAUUUUGGCACUGUGUUCAGGAAACGUACAGGACAGAAAAGGUCCGGGGCUUUUACAAAGGGGUGACCGCCUCAGCUCUCGCUGUAUCAGUGGUUUCCUCAGUUUCCUUUGGCACAUACAAGAACUUCCUUGGCGCCCUCUGCAAGCUGCGCUACGGGGCUGCAGAUGCCAAGCCGUCCAAGCUGGAUGUUUCUCUGGCUGGAGCUGCUGCCGGCGCUGCCCGGGUUGUGCUGACAAACCCCAGUGAGGUGGCUAAAGUUCGGAUGCAGACUCAGAGGGACCCAUGCCCUUCCAGCACACAUCAGCCUGUUUCCAAGCCAAAGUACCAAGGGUCUCUGCACUGUCUGAAGGUUAUCAUCAAGGAGGAAGGUUUUGGGGGACUCUACAAGGGCUGUUCUGCAUUACUCUGCAGGGAUUGCUCUGCUUCUGCAGUCUAUUUCCUUUCCUAUUCUGUUCUGUGCGACUGGCUCACACCAGAUGGGAGAAAUAAACCAGGUUUCCUUGUUGUGCUGCUUUCUGGUGGUUUUGCUGGAGUCCUGGCCUGGGGAUUUGGUACUCCCAUGGAUGUCAUCAAAUCACGCAUGCAAGUAGAUGAAUCAGACCAGCACAAGUACAAGGGCCUGAUCCACUGUGUGAGGGAAAGUGUGAGAAAGGAGGGGGCAAAAGUGCUUUUCAAAGGACUGGGUUUAAACUGCAUUCGUGCCUUUCCCGUGAACAUGGUAGUGUUUGUAACAUAUGAAGGUGUACUGAGAUUUUCAGAUCAUUAUAUGAACAAAAAAUAGCUUGUUCCACUCUGUCCAAAGUGUAUCUUAUUUAUUUUUUCGUAAGACAACAUCCACAAACAACUGUUGAAUUGAUGGACAGCAUAAGAAGCAUGGACAUUUCAGCCCAAAGCUGACAAUUGAUGGCUUUGUUUUAUUCUUAUAGGAUUACAAACUCAUCAGGGAGCCUUGGCUUCAUACAAAACCUCCCUUUUAUCUCAUUAAGGUAUUUAGACUGUGGCUGCUGCUUAGGCCCCCGAAACAUUUGUGAAUUUUUAUGUCCUAAUAAUUUGUUUGCCUGAGCAGGGAUUUUGGUAAAUCAAGUAAUUUUUUUCUACUGGCACAGACAAUGAUCCUCCCAACCAAAGGAAGAGCUGGAGGGAGUUUGUGUAAGAUUUAACACUCUCCAGCGUGUGCUCUUUACAUGCUAUGCCUGCACUGCAUUCAGUGAGUGACUCACACAUUUGUGCUGCAGGCUGCAACCUCCCCUUCCCAGCAGUAAUUUUCCCAAAGCACACUCCAAUUAUAUUCCCUUGGCAGGAGCUGAAGCAGGAAUGUCCCCUCUUUUUCCCUGCUGCUCUCUAUGAGUGGCAGCCAUGCUCUGUUUACAUAACUGUGCUAAUGGUCUGGCUGCAGCGCCAGGCAGGCUGUGGGAUUGUCUCCCUGAAAAUCCCUCACACAGCAUCAUCCCUCUCCCCAGGCCAUGGAGCAGCAGCUCUCCAUGGCACAGCCUCUCUUGGCACAGCUUUGGAGGCUCUGUUCUCAUCCUGGAGCGAGGGCAGGGAUGGAUGCAAAGCCUCUCUGCUUGGCAGAGGAAAGGCUGCCAGGAAACCCGUGCACUGGCGGGGCUAGGCAAGUUGGAAAAGAGCUGCAAAGUUGUAGAGCAUAAUCAAGAUUCCCAGCUUUUAAAAGUCUAUACUCUUCUCCCUUUAAAUGCUGCUGUUAGCAGCAGCUAAAUGUAUUUUGCCAAAGGUGCAUUUUUGAAAGAAUUUCAGACUUUUCUGUUACUUCUUUCUCAUCUUCCUACUACUUAUUUUUCAUUACUUUUUCCUACUUUUUUCUUGAAAGAUAGUUGAAAAACCAGUGCCUAUGCUAUUGCUUCAGAAGGAAAAUCCCUAAACCCAGAAAUGUUUGCUCAUUCUGCCUCACAGGCAAUAUAUAUGCUUCUGUUUUAAUCCCUGGAUGACAACACUUGAAGCAUUCUGGAUCCAACCUCUCAGAUUCUGCUAAAAAUGCAUUGAUUGCAUGGAUUGCAUUGACUGUAUUUUAAAAGGAGUUUUCAUAUUUAGGACUCUUCUGGUCAGCAGUCACUCUCACAGCUGAUGACACUGGCUGCAGUUUUGCAGCAGACAGGAUGUGUCAGCUGCCUUUGACAUUCAGAAAGAACUACAACAAGUUUAAAGAGUUCAGGUGCUCCUAGACAAGAAUAAAGGGAACCUCUUCUACCCCACACAGGGACCAUUAAAAACUUCACAACUCCUCCUGAAAUCUAAGCCUUCAACUGGCCUUUAAACACAUUCACAGCCAUGCAAUCAUACCAGAGAAGCACCUGAAUUCUUUCAAGCUCUUGCAGCUGAUCCAAGAGCAGGGUGAAGAGACCAGGCUGGUGCACACUGUGUCACCUUAAGGGGAGUGAAAUGUAAGAUCCAACACUAAGUUGGAUUCUCUCCAAAAUGCUUAUGGCCUCAGCAACCUACCACACUGGUGACAGAUUUGGGUGUCAGCACAAACUUCCUUUAGUCAGAAAGUCCUUAAAACAGGAGACUUAAUCAUGUCCUUGAGGUUUGGAAUUCCUCUUAAGAGUCUACUACCCUCACCCUUUCUACAAGGGAUGCAUUUAACUGUGUAGUGAUUUACCCUGCUCUGCCUGGAUGUUUGGAAUCAUACUCCUUUAUGCCAUGUUAUUGUCAGCCAGCCUUGUUCUCAGUCAUUGCACUCUGAACUGAGACAGUGAAAGAACGCCUGCAAAACAGACUAAACAACCUUUUAUUGUUCGGCAGCACUGAUACCAUUCAUGGUCAGCCCAAGGCUUGAAUAUUAAACAGCCCAUCUUUCCCAGUACACUCAGGCACUCAGAUAACUAAAAAUGUCUCCUCCUGUGGGUGUAACUGAAAUACAGCUGAUCCCAAGGGAGAGAAAUUACAGAGGAACUGCAAAUAUGAUUUGGAGCAGCUGCAGAAGCCAGUGCAAGGGGCUGAGAACUCUAAACCUCGGGCUGUUCAGCAACAGGUUAUAAGCAGCUCUCAUGUGGUCUGAACGAAUGCUACAUGAGAGGCAAAUUGUAUCUCUAGGCAGCUUCUUUCAGGAAGGUAAGGGCUUCACAAUCCUGGAAAAAAAACAUCUACACAGUGUGUGGGUGACAGCCUGAGUAAGAACUCACACCUGACACAAACUGCAACAGGUACAGGAACUGACAGUGUGACUACUGCAAACACAGGCACAUGAAUUUAAACCAAUUUUUGUUUACUGACAGGACACAUAUUAUGUACUUCACUACACUCAUCCCAACACACCUGGGUGUUCAGCUUCUGGUUUUCAGCACUUGACUGCUUUAUUUUCUGCUUUGUAUUAUCUUGACCUUUAGCUACUGUAAUGAUCACAGAACUAUUUAUUUUGAUAAACCAGCUAGCUGAAGGCCAGCCAACAGAAAGAAGGUACCACAUUUGCUGUGCUGAUAUUGGGUUUGCUUUGCUAUAUUGACUGCAGCCUUUCAUAUAGAUAAUUUCUUUCAGCAACAAAGUUGGUGGCCUUGAGGCAAAAACUCUUAGAAGUCACACUAGGAUCAGAUUCCAUGUUGCUGACAGUUCCUGUUUGCUCUGACAAUGCUCAUGAAUAUCCAGGCAGGUUUCAGCUUUCCUCUUGGGGAUUGUGGAAGCUCUGUGGGAAGCUAUUCAGGAUCUGUGCUUUUGCACAGAAAUGGUGAGCACUGUGUUUCCACUCAAGCACCAGUUUACACCAAAGCCGCUGAGGUGUCACUGUAAACAGGUCUCAUUGACCUUCCCCCACCCCAGAGCUGGCUGCUGUGCACAGGGACAUGAACCAGGACCAGGCCACCUCUGGACAACUGACCCUCUACUGGAUCAGUCUGGGAGCAGUCUGAACCUUCUACCUGCAAGGGGGCUCUAAGGCACCCUGUUCCAGCACUGCAAAACAAGGAGCAGCUACAUCAGGUGACAAAUCAACACAUAAAAAGGCAGGAAGAGAGGUCAAAACCAAAGCAGUGGUAAUUUAAGCCUCAAAAAAAAAAAAA